UGGACAGGCAAUAGAGCCAUGCGAUUGACUGAUUUUAGUUAUUGGCCCUCUGAAAUAACUUAAUCAUAUAUUAAAGGCGACAAUUAAAUAAAAAGGAAGUUAUAAAUGCAAAUCUUGACGCUCCGGCAGGGACAUUGCUUAUUCGCUGCGCGCAAUGGGAAGUUCGUCGUCGCUUUAUUAUAGAAAUGAAAAAACGUUUCCAGAAUCAUUCAGCUUAAAUUUAAAAUCUAAUGCUAACUCGCUUUCCGAAGAAACGAAAAAUGUUUUGAGAGAAUCUUGGAAACUCGUUGAGCCUUUGAAGACUGUCGCAGGAAAGAAAAUGUUUGAACGGAUGUUUGGAAGUCACCCUGAAGUAAUUUACCUGUUUCCCAUUUUUAAAGGCCUAACCCUGAGGGAGAUACUUUGUUCUCGGGCACUUCACCUUCACGUAAAGAAAGUCAUGUCUGCACUGGAAAAUGCUGUGCUAUCUUUGAAUGACGCGGAAAAAUUAACUCACUAUUUGAUAAACCUUGGCGAAAGACAUCGACCAUGGUCUGUGAGAAUGGAGCACUUUGAUCUGCUAAAGGAAUCUCUCCUCUGGACACUUCAAGACAUGCUUCAGUCUAAAUGCACUCCAGGGGUGAGCAGGGCCUGGAGCGAAAUGAUCGACUUAGUGGCUGAGGCUAUGAUGCAAGGACUGAAGAGUAGACAUCACGUGAUCAGCAACCACUGAAACACAACGAAAAAACGAGAAUCACCACUGGCGGGAAUACUGCCGUCGCUCAAAGAAUACAGUGAUUCAUCCCGUGUCUCCAGCGCAAUGAUAAAAGUUUUAUCUUUGUAAUAUUCUGUAAUAUACACACCUUGUGUAUAUUGUUGAAAAAGGUAUAAUAUAAGCAGUAAAAAUGACUUUGCUUUUACAGUUACUUGAUAACGGAAAAGUAAAUAACAGAUAAUGAUAAAAUAAUAUUUGAGGAGGAGGCGUCCAAUCACCUUUGUGGUAGUUUUCAGGGGGGUCCUCUGAAAAAUAAAGAAAAUAAAAAUAAAUGAAGAAAUGAAUAAAAAUUAGCGAUGUAAAACAAUAUAAUAAUAUCUAAAAACUUAAGACUACAACUAAGGAUUAAAACUAGAAAUAAGAUUAAAAAUGGUUUAUUAAAAACUGCUUCAGUUUGUGUUUGAAAAUCGUUUUUGGCAUGAGUCUCUUGAGCAAAUUCGACAGAGAGGCCCAAUCGGUAACUGCUUUAUAUUACGUUUUGAUAUGUUUUCAUUACAUACUUUAAAAUCUAAAUUGCUAGAUGGAAAUACAAGGACACUUCAUUUCUUGAAAUGUUGAUAUUUCUUCGAAGUCUUUCUUUUACCUUGACUGAAGAUACUUUGCCCUUUAAUUACAUUUUGGCGAUGACAUUCUUGUUUACAGUUAAAACCUGUGCAAACACUCGUGAUGGUGAAGAUAACGCUACUUACAAAUAAGAUAAUGCGUAAAAGAUAAAUUUGCAUUGUUAGCUGUCGUGUAUUUAGCCUGGCCAAAUACACUAUUACUGAAGUUUUUCCUGUGUAAAGAACCCAGUAAGAGUUACUUCUAUCCAUAUGCUUUAUAUAGUUCUGCACCGCGCCAAAAAGUAUAUGGUUUUCCGGCGACCUAUAGUCACAAAAUUUGUUACAAAUUUUCAUUUUUUGUUAUCGAACGAGGCACGAGUUUCAUUGCCUGUCUUAGAUUAGUGGGAUAAACUUUUAUUUGUGUCAAUAAGUAUUCAGCUCUAAGCUAAGAGCUAAUUGGGGAUGUUAAAACGAACAACGAGAAAUGAAUUAACUGUAAGUAUUUCUUUGAUGAAGGUUGAAAAGAAGCAUGAACAAACAUAAUUUGGUCAUGAAGAAGAUAAAGAUUUCAAGCAACGUUCGUCAAAAUCCCACUGAAAAUAAUUCAGUUGUAAAGGAACUAUACAAGUACCUCGUUCCCCCGUCCACAAGGGAAACUCGCCCUUUGUAUAACAUAUCUUGUAAACAUCUCAAGAUAAGAACACAAAGCAAAGCAACAAGCUAAACCUCAGAGCUGUAACGUCGUGGC